AUGAAUUUGAUCGGGGACGUCAGAAAACUAAAAUAUUUGAAUACAGCGUUGCGCGCUGUACAUGGCUAUUCACAGCGACAACGAAUGGGACGAGUGCAUCAGCGUAUUGUUCGCGGUACAUGUAGCGGCAUACAAGUCAAAUGCACGAAUUCCACGCAGUGCAUAUUUCGUGACCAACUUUGCGAUGAUCAUGUCGAUUGUGACAAUGGCUCAGAUGAAUGGUCAUCAGAAUGUACUGAUGAAGAUGAUAACACUAACUGGGACAUCUUAAUUGGUCAAAAGAGUGAUUCAGAGGAGGAGGAAGACAAUGAGAGUGAAACAAUUGAGUGCGAUAAUGGUAGUUAUCCGGAAGAAUGUAACUGUACACAUUUUAUAUUGAGGGAAAAUGGGUUUAUGACGUCAGAAAACCAAUUCUAUACUAUAAUAGACACUCGUUUAGAUUGCUCCCAUAGGAAUUUAACGUCAAUUCCGGGUGGGAUACCACCCAAUAUUACCAAGCUGAAUCUGCGAUAUAACUCGAUCCAAGAAGUAAAAGCAGGAGAUUUGUAUGGGUUAUACGAUCUCACUGAAUUGCUACUUUCAAGGAAUAUUAUCAACGAUAUUGCAGAACGAGCAUUAGAUCAUUUGGCAAAUCUAAUGGUUUUGGAUUUGGAGGCUAAUAAGCUGAAAACACUUCCCGAGAGUGUGUUUUCCUUUCUUAAUAAUCUUGUUGACUUGGACUUGUCAAAGAAUGACCUCGGUACAUUACCUAUUUAUAUCUUCAAGAACUUGAAUAAACUGCAAAAAAUGGACUUGUCGGGAAAUGAAAUACGGCUGAUACAGAGUGAGCUUUUUCUUGGCCAAGGCUCGCUUGACGUUCUGCAUUUAGGAUGGAAUCGGCCGCUAGAAAUUUCCGAGCAUGCGUUCAGUGCACUCCGUAAUCUGACUCGCAUGAGGUUACUGGACAAUGGUCUAUCCCAUUUAAGAAGCGGAAUGUUUCGAAAUCUAAAUAGGUUGAAAGAACUAGAUCUGGAACGAAAUCAAAUACUGUCCAUUAAGAAAUACGAUUUGCAAGGACUGACAGACCUAAGUCAUUUAAAACUGAAGAACAAUACAAUAAGACGGAUAGAAGAUGGCGCAUUCGAUCAUACACCGAGUAUUAGCGAAUUAUGGUUGUCAAUGAACGACCUGACUGAAGUAAAAAGGAGUGUCUUUUUACCUUUGAAGAAUCUUAAAACAUUGGAUUUAUCUUUCAAUAAAAUUGAAGAGUUCGAAGAUGGAGCUCUGUCCAACUCUGUAAUCCUGGCAAUACUAUUACUUGCUGGCAACAGAUUACCAUUUGUUCGCACUGGAAUGUUUGCUAACCUGACGAAGGUUAGCAACCUCCCUUUGUUCGACAAUGAAAUAGCUUGGUUUGAUGCGGAUUCUUUACAAGAUAUGGAAUCUCUGAGAACACUUGAUUUACAACACAAUCCCGUACAACGACUGCCCAUGGUGUUGUUUGAUGAUCUACCGUCUUUGGAAUGGGUCCAUUUCGAUCACUUCUGGAUGUGUGGUUACGCCCCCACAGUUCGCCACUGCACCCCAAGAGGUGAUGGAAUCUCGUCAGUAGAAAACCUCCUUGACAACGUGGUAUUGCGUGUUAUGGUCUGGGUGGUUGCUAUGCUAGCUUUUGUUGGCAAUUUAUUUGUGCUGGUCGCUCGGUGUAUCCUGAAGGAGGACAACCGUAUUCAUUCAUUUUUUAUAAUGAAUCUGUCACUUGCUGAUCUUCUCAUGGGGCUCUAUCUCUUCAUUAUCGCUUUGCAUGACGUCAUGUAUCGAGGUGAAUACAUCAAAUUCGAUCUUGAAUGGCGACUUGGAUGGGUUUGUCAGAUGUGCGGAUUUUUAAGUCUUGUCUCCAGUGAGGCCUCAGUGCUAACUCUCGCAAUUAUCACAAUGGAUCGCUUCAUCUGCAUUGUUUACCCGUUCAAGUUCAAAAACCGAAACAUGAAGAUUGCUGUAUUCGCAAUGCUGCUGAUAUGGAUCAGUUGCGUUAUUAUAGCAACAUUGCCUCUCAUUGACGCCAUCACCUACUUCGGUGACUUCUUCUACGGAGGCAAUGGUGUGUGUUUACCACUGCACAUAGACGACCCCAAGGCAGACGGAUGGGAGUAUUCCUUGGUCAUAUUUGUCUUGGUUAACUUCAUGGCUUUUCUGUUCAUCGUAUUCGCAUAUAUGGCAAUGUUUACGAGUAUCAAGAAGUCAAGGAGCAACAUCCGUUCUACUAAAGAGAAUCAAGAUUUACUCCUUGUCAAAAGAUUUACUUUAAUUGUGGCCACAGAUUUCAUAUGCUGGAUGCCCAUAAUUAUUAUAAAAUUUGCGGCUUUAGCAGGGGCUCAAAUCAGUGGUGGAGUUUACGCUUGGGUGGCUGUAUUUAUCCUGCCUGUAAACAGCGCCCUCAAUCCAAUCCUGUACACCAUGACAACAAAAAUGUUUAAACAGAAAUUUAUGAAAUUACUUGGUAUCAGUAAUAAGAAGAAGAAUGCUGGCGAUGAAUCUUACUCUGCCAGUAAAACCACGGGAACGAGGCUGUCAUCAGUUGCCAGCAGCCGCAAUAGAAUUAGUCUCAACGGAAAUAUUAAGAUUUACACCUAUUCUAUUCCAUUCAUCUGCUCAACAAUAUUUAGACUUAAAACUAUUUUGUUUUUUAUAAUCAAAAAAUCAGACACUCCAGCCAGCUCUACUACUCUGCGUGACAUCAAACUUGCUGCUGCUCCAAAGUCUUUAAGAAGAACCCUGAUAGAACAAGGUGAUGGUAGUAGUGAAGUUAGAAGUGCAGCUGCUAUUGAAAUACAAAGAGCAUGGAGAGGAUACUGGGCCAGGUGGAGUUGA